AAAUUUUCAACUCUACAACUCUCUCUACAAUGUGUGGAUGUUCGUCGUGGUGUGUUAAGUGUAGUGUACGUCGUGCCAAGAUAAAUUUCAGAGCACACAAACUGGUUUCUAAAGUGUGAAGUUUGCAGCUGCCCUGGCUCAGCGGACUGGUGGAUAGCACCGUUUGCCUCUUUCCUAAAAAAACAAUUUUUGAUAUUGGUUAGACUGACGUGUGCUGUAGUUUGAAGAUGGUGUUUUUUACUUGCAAUGCCUGUAGCGAAGCUCUGAAAAAGAAUCAAGUUGAAAAACAUACAUACAAAUGUAGGCAGUGUCAGUCUUUGAGCUGUGUUGACUGUGGGAAAGAUUUCUGGGGCUCUGAGUACUUAACACACACAAAGUGCAUAACAGAAGAUGAGAAGUAUUGUGGUAAAGGCUUUGUGGCCAAGGUCAACAAAGGAGAAGUGAAACAAGAACAGUGGAUUGAGAAAGUCCAAGGAGCAAUAGAGAAAGCUUCAUCAAAUCCAAAACUGAAAGGCCUGCUCGAAAGACUCACAGAUUAUCCUAACAUUCCCCGGAAAAAAGCAAAAUUUGAGAAUUUCUUAAAGAACAGUCUUCGAGUGCUUAGCCCUGCCCUAAUUUCACAAGUGUGGGACCUCCUGAUGACAGCAGCAAACAAUGCUGCAGAAAGCAAACAUAAUGUACCAUCCGCUCAGUCUGCUCAAACUAAUGGCGAGACCAAAAGCAAUGUUGACCCUUCCAAAACCAGUGAUGGCCACAUGGAGGUGGAAAAUGAAAAUGAGGAAACAGCGAAACUGAAUAAAAGAGAGAAAAAGGAAGAACGUCAGAAGAAAAAUAAAAAGGAGAAGAAGGAUAAAGAAGUUCCAGAAAGCAAUGGAGAUGUUGAAAAAGUUAAGAAAAAGAAAAAACGAAAACAUGAAGAAGUUCUGGAAGAUCAGAGUAACGUGUCUGAGGAGCCUGUGUCUGGGAAGAAAAGGAAGAGGAAUGAAGAGCCAGCAGAGGAGGAUCCCGGCAGUGAGCUGAGCCCAAUUGAGAAAAAGAAGAAAAAAAAGAAACAUGACAGUUCUCAAGAGCAAGCAGAAAAUGGCAGCUGUGAUUUGCAGGAAGAUGCAGCUGACAAUGACCAGUCAAUUGAUACAUCUUCAGGAAAGAAAAAGAAGUUCAGAUGGGGAGCAACAAUCACUGCUAUUCUCGAAAAGAAGGGAGAAAUGCCAUUGAAAAAGUUGCGCAGAAAGGUGCUGAGUGAAUUUUCUGCCCAGGACGCUGCUAAUUACAAUGAAGAGAAUCUGACUGCCAAAUUCAAUAAAAAGAUCAACAAGAUGCCAGGAGUCAGUGUGCUGAAGGAAAGAGUAAAACUAAAAUGAUUAUUUUUAGAUUUGUAGUGCUUUGUUGAAAUUGGGAUGUUGAAUGAAGAAGAAAUAAAAUCUCUAAAACAAUA